AUGACGCGUUUUGCUACGCGUGAGUUCUAUCCUUUGGCCAGCGAGCUCAUCUACGACCCACGUCUCUCUCCGGGCUGCAUUGGGUCUCUCAUGAAGAUUGGAACGGCACUAAGAACUCUUGACAUUUGGGCUGUAGAAAUGAUGGACGCGAUGGGCCGGCCACCUGCUGGAAUGAUGCAGGGACGCCUGAGCGGAUACGGAGCUUACGACCAGUGCCUCGCCAUUAGACACAACGACGGCAUUUUUCAGGGAAAGUACUGCAUGGUCCAUCUCAGAUAUGAUGGUGGAGAAAUUCUUCCCAGUGUGAAAACAUUGAUAAAAAAGUUCGCCGACCACCUGGGAUUUAAGAAAGCAGGCAAUAUUUCGCUCAUGUUCGACAAGGAGUUCAUACCAUUCGCCGCACUUUACAAGUUCGGGCUUUGUGUACCAUCUCUGUGUGAAGCUGAUGACCUACAGGCCAUCAUGGAUCGCCGUUACGUGUCCAAAACUGUCCGUUCGUUCUCGUUGCGAAGAGCUGUAAAGAAACUCGUGCAGAUGCCCGAUUGGGGAGACUACUCCAAUGAGCUUGGCUUCGUUCACGGAAUUCGCGUCCUCUCUGCCACAUGGGUCAUGCUGGGCCAUAGCCUAAUGAUCAUAGACCCGCACAGCAUGUCGAACUUGAUGUCUUACUUCAAACGGUUCCAUGACGAGUUCCUCUUCAGCGUCCAGGUGAACUCCUUCAUGGCAGUGGAGUCGUUCCUCGUGAUUACCGGAUUCCUAUCAGGCUACCUCGUGACCAAGGCCCCACGUGUGCAUCUGUCGCCAAUUAUCGUUAUAAUCAUCGCGCUCUUCAGACGCUACGUGAGGCUCAUUGUGCCAAUGGCGGCGCUUAUGGGAUUCACAUUUCUCAUUCCGGCUCUCGUGGAUGGUCCAGCCUUGAGAGACUAUUGGCCCGUAUUCGAAAGGUCAUGCACCUAUCACUGGUGGAAGAUCUUCACGAUGACGGAAAACUACAUGGACGACAUAAGCGACAUGUGUUUGCCGCACUACUGGUACAUCGCAGUGGACUUCCAGCUCGCAAUAGUUUCAACUGUGAUCCUCGCAGCCGUAACACCUAGGUGGCCAAAGGCUUCCUUGUGGCUUAUGGCCACAAUAGCAGUGACCGCCUGCCUGGCAACAGGGAUCCAAGUUUACGUAAAAGACGCACUACCUUUCAACAUCAUUAUUACAACUAACGUAAGGAAGCUGAUCGUCUCCCAAACCGAUAUUUACAUCAAGGCACAUACACACGCCGCACCCCUUUUUAUUGGGGUCAUUUUCGGCUGCCUCGCCACGCGGCGGCACCGACUGUCCAAGCCAGUGCAGGCCGUCGCGUGGCUCCUGGCCGCCACUAUGUCACUCGCUGCUCUGCUGGGAGUGCGGGCAUGGUCCCAGGGCCGUUAUCCUGAGCGAAUCGAGUCGGUGUUCUACGCAGCCCUGCACCGUGCGUCGUGGGCACUUGGCCUUAGCUGGGUCAUGUACGCCUGCACCACGAAACGAGGUGGCCUGGUCAACAAGAUACUCUCCUGGCCUCUCUUUUACCCGCUGGGAAGGCUGUCGUUCUCUGUCUUCUUGGUUCACAUCAUCGUGUUGGCCUUCAACUCAAUUCUAAGUCGGGAGUUCAUUACCAACCACCCGUUUUUACACGCGCAGGCAUAUGUGUCUCUGGUGAUCACGGCCUACGCGUUUGCUUCGAUCAUUUACUUGCUCAUUGAGUGCCCGGUGGCCGCACUAGACAACCUGGUGUUCAGCAGGCUGAUGCCCAAGGAGACCAUUCUGAAAGUUAUGCAAGGCAAAGCAACGAGCGAAGAAGUGAAGUAUAUCGAAGCCCUGGCUCAAUCGAAAAGCAAGAAAGCAUUUGACCUUGCCUCUAAGCAAACCAGUGUCAAUGGACUCCCCGGGUCGUCAAACCACAACUUUGACGAUAAACACAUCUGCUCCACCAAUGGGACUCUCAACACCAACCUCAGUGAAGAUACUCAAUCAAACGGGGCGGUGAUAUCAGUCAAGUUUUAA